AUGACACUCGAAUUUUCGUCAAAAUCACAAUUUUCCUCUAUUAACCAUGUUUCUGCAAAACAAAAAAAUCAUCCAAGUCAUUCUAGCUUGUCACAAAAAUAUUGGAUAUUGGAUCUGCUAGUGACUAAACCAAGUGUUGCGUUGCAUGUAUUACCUCGUGUGAGGGUUAUCAAUAAAGUCGCUUCGUCAGUCAAACAGACUCCAGAUGGUAAAGUAGUUCAGAUUACACUUGAAGAUGCUACCCCAAGUGCUGACUUUGAUCUACGACGAGUAUCUUUGCCGUCCGAGGACAAAUGGAAACGAGCUCAUCGUGUACCCCCUGAAGUUAUGAAAGGUGACAAAACGCCUAAAAAUAAAUCUGUCGAUGUUUUCGGUAGCCGAAUAGGACGAGUUCAUGUUGGCAAGUCUUCUGAACUAGAGAAUUUACGACCUGGAUCUACCAUCCGAACUGCUUUGACCGGGCAUCGAAAACGUGGUUUUGAACGAAUAAAAUCUGGUGUUAGCAAAUCUAAAAAAACAUCAGUUCAUAGUGACCUUAGCGUUAGCAAACGGCGUAAACUGUUUACUGAUGCUUAA